AUGCCGCUCCUCUUCUUCCUCCUCGCCCUCGUCCUCGCCCCCGCGAAAGCGCUCGCCGUCGGCGCGGCCGCGGUCGCCGCGCGCGCUUCUCGCGACGGCGCGCUGUGCUUCGCGUCGUCCGCGCGCGACGCGCGCGCCGCCUCGCCGGACGCGACGCCUCCGUGCGCGGAGAUGCGCGCGCUCCUCGACGCGGUGACGCGCGACGCCGCCGCGCCGGCGACGAGCGGCGCGGCGCGCGCGUCGGACGCGUCGUCGCCUCCGCCGCGCGCGCUCGCGGAGGCGUGCGCGUGCGCGACCGCGUCGUUCGUCUGCCGCGCGUCCUCGCGCGUCGGCGCGCGCGUCGCGAGGCAGACGGCCGCGCGCGGCGCCGCCGCGGGCGCGCGCGAGGUCGCGGCGCGCGUCGCCGUCGAGGACGCGUGCGGGAUCCCGUGCGCGCUCGACUUCGACGCGUGCGGCGGCGGCGGCGGCGGCGGCGGCGGCGGCGGUGGCGGCGGCGGCGACGACGUCUCGACCGCGUCCGCGUCCGAGGCGUUCUGCGUCGGACCGACGUGCGACGCGACGUGCGCCGCGUGCGUCGCCGCCGCGGCCGCCGCGGCCGCCACGGACGACGUCCCGUUCGACGCGCUCGCGGAGGCGUGCGGCGUCGACGACGCGUGCAUGUGCGCGCAGUGCCUCGAAACCGGGCUCCUCGUUCGCGUCCCCGUCGACGAGGACGCCACCGCGACGCCGGAGGGGCGCGUCCUCGGGUUCGGCGCGGGAUCGUUCGGGUACUACGGAUACGGGCCGAAUUCGUACUACGGCCCGAGCAGGUAUGGGAACGGGUACGGGAUCGGGUACGGGAACGGGUACGGGAACUACCCGCAGACCGGAGGACCGAGCUACCCCGGCCCGGGGUACCCCAGCGGUCCGGGGUGCGGCGGGGGCUACCCCGGCGGCCCGUACAACUCGUUCCCGUGCACCGCGUACUACUCGCCCGCGUACAAGCCGUGGUUCGUCACCGUGUACAACAAAGCCAAGGCGUUCGUCGUGAGCAAGCUGUGUUACUGGUAUCCGUACUAUCCCGCGUGUUUGCCGCCGCCGCCGGUGAGAAUUUUCCCGCCCUCGCCGAACGGAAUGACGCCGCCCGGUCCCGGACCGCUCUCGCCGCCGUCCCCCGGCCCGGUCUCGCCGCCGGCGCCGACGCCAGGGAUACAGUGCGGAGAUCCGUCGCUCGGGGAACAGACCUGCCAGGGCAUCCCGUGCACCGGCGACGCGACGUGCACGACCGGGACGCCGCAGUGCUGCUGCGACGCGGGGUGCUUCGAUUUCGGCGACUGCUGCGCGGAUCGAGACGCGUGCUGCAACGUCGCGCUGUCGACAUCGAAAUCACGCGCGCGAGGCGACGUCGCGCUCGGUCUCGGUCGACCGGCGUUCAUAGACGCGAUGGAGGACAUCACGGGGCGUCGCCGCGCCGCGAGGGCGCCGACGAUGAACGGGCGCGACGCGACGGGCGCGAGGCGAGGAGGGAACCCGCCGGCGGCGACGGUGGACGCUCGGGAGGCGGUGGCGGAGACGACGCGGCCGGACGCGCGCGCGUUCGCCGCCGCGGUCGCGUCAUUGACGGCGGACGAGACGCCGACGACGCCGAGGCCAACGCCGACGACGCCGUGGGCGAUGCCGACCGUGGUGGAAGCGGAAGCGAUCGAGACGGAGGACGAAGAGGACGCGUCGGCGCCGGCGCCCGCUCCGAGCGGCGCGGAAGCCUCCUCCUACGACGAGGAAGACGCGUGA